GGAUUGAGCGAUAAGUGAGGUACUUGACUGUUAAGAGGCGUGAACCAAUGUAAGUGUUAGUGAUGACAGAUCUGUAGGCUGAGAAUUACUUGUAUUGUUCUAAAUGACGUUGUUAAAAGAAGUCGAUCGCCAAUCUACAAAAUCUGGGACGAAAUUCAACUCUGCCUGUCAGCAGUGCAUAAGUGAAAAUUUACAGGUUACAUCGAGAUCUCACCUCUCCCCGUCUCCCGCUCGCUCACUUACCGCAGAAUGCAAACGGCAAGACGAUGUACGUCACUCGGUUAAAAUGAGGUUCACCUUGAAAGUUUUGCGGUCGCUCAUGUCAAAAAGAACGUGGGUCAUUUCGCCGGAUACCAAGUUCACGUAUCAGACACUGGAUUUAAGAAAAUCAAAACUAGAGAAUGUGCCAGAAAAUGCGACUCGUUUGGAAUUACUACAAGCAAUAAGACUUGAUGGGAAUGAACGACUAGAUGACGUCAAGUUUCUGGGGAAAAUCCCUCUCUUGAGAGUGGCAGCGAUGAAGAACUGCCAACUUACAAGUCUUAGCUUUCCAUCCGACAUGCUGGAAUACAUUCAACUACGUGCGCUGGAGGUUUACAAUAAUCCUUACUUGGCUGAUUUCUCGGAUCUUGGUCGAUUAUCAAAGCUACAGCACCUUAACAUCGGCAGUUGCAAUAUUGAAGUUUUGCCAAAUGAAUUGUUCGAAUUAAAACGAUUGAGGGUGUUGGUGCUAGACGAUAACCCUUUACUGGAACCGAUAACUGAUUUGUCGCCAUUAGAUAAACUAGAAGUUUUACUGAUGAGAAAUUGUAAUUUGACUGAGCUGCCGCAUUCCUUGCGUUGUUUACCACAGCUUAUGUUUAUUGCUGUAGAACAAAAUCAAAUUUCCCAUAUUUCGGCUACAUUAAACACCCUUGAAAAUCUGCAAGUACUGAGUAUAUAUGGAAACAGGGGAAUCCACAUAUCAAGCAAACUUGGGAGAAGUCAAUCGCUGAAAAGAAUAAACGUGGAUCUCAAAUUUUGCCAGAAGAAUUUGCCAAACAAACUUUCUAAGAUGAUUAACGUUUGGAAAGACACUCCUUGUGCUUGGUGGAAGCAAUUAUGACGACAAAGGACCACUAUGACAUCACUGUGGGCAAGCAAACAAUAGCUGAGAUGCAGACAUUCAUGUUCGGUUGGACUUCUUAUCAAGGAAUUCUUCUAAAAACAACGACAGUUGUUUUGAUAUCGCCAUGAUUGUACAACACAUGCAUAAUUCAGAGGAAGUACAUAGCCAAGGACAUUUCUGACUUUCCAUCACAUGUCACCCACGCUCCAUUUAUAAAACUCGUCUUUUAGCGCUUGUUUGUUGGAGAUAU